AUGCUAUUCAAAAAUCUUUUACCAAUUCUCGCUACAUUUCUCGCAGCCCCUUAUCUCGUCAAUGCAUUCCCAAAUGGGGCCGGUACAUGUGACGCUGACCCAGCUGCAAUUUCAAAAGGGCAUGGCGCUUCAUUACAGCCUAAUUCCGGUGGCCCUAAUGGAUUCACUAUCUCCACUGCAAUGAAUGGUGCAACCUAUGAUAUUACACUCAAUGGGCCAAAAUCGAUAAAAGGUCUUCUAGUUUAUGUUGUUAAUGCUAAAGGUGAUCGAAUUGGUGAUUUUACUGUUCCGACAGGUCUCCAAGCAAAAGCGUGUGGUGGCACUGGAACAAACACGUUAACACAAAAAGAUGCUACACUAAAAAAGCUUCCGAUGAAACUCUCGUAUAAUGCUGGUGCUGCUAAAACUGGACAAUGGAAAGUUAUGUCAUUAGUUGUACAAGAUAAACUGAAUUGGAAUAAAUUGGACGACACAACUUUUGACCUUGCCACCGGAAAAGUUGUCACUAAUGGAACAAGUACGUCACCUAAUCCUCCUACUACGUCAUCACCAACAACAUCAAAAAAUGAUACUAAUACUCCUGCUACCACUAACCCUGAUGGUACAAAUACAACAGAUUCUACCGCUCCUACCACUACCACUUCACCUACAAGUGGUGACACGGCGUCUGCUUCUGGUGCAUCUUAUCAAGCGGACAUUUCAUCCUUUGUCUCUACUUAUUCAGCUAUCAUUGCUUUGGUUUGCUUAUUUCAAACUAUGAAUAGAUUUUAG